UCAGAUUUUCAUCUAUUUAAGACUCUGUUUCUCUUAUUGGCCUCCCACAUUUCUCUAUGAGAAUUCCAUCGGAUUCUCUUUCUAAGUCUUGGCAGAGGCAGCAUGAUGGGCAGAGGAGGCCAUGCUGGGCCUGAUACUUCCCUUUGCCCACAGCCACACCUUCCAGUCCACUCCUUUGCAGUCCCUGUGCUGCCCUUGCUCUCUACCCUGAGCCUGGUUCAGCCACACUCUGGCCUCUUCCUUAUUCCCUGCCAAACCUCCACCCUGUUGAUGCCUCUGGGUCACUGCCCCCCCAUUCCCCAUUUCUGAGGAGCCUAGAAGAAACGGCCACUUGGCCAGCUGGACCUCCCACAAAGGGCCGUCCCUGAAUCUCCCCCCAGCUUCCAUGCUUUCUAAAAAUCUUCCUCUUCUCGGACUGAGUGACUGUGCCACUCCCUGCAGUAUUGGUUCCAGCCCGAACCUGAGGCCAGGAGCACCUGGGCCCAAAUCCCGGGCAAGUCACUUCACCUCUGUGUGCCUUCGCUUUCUCAGCUGUAACAUGGGGCUGAUCAUAGCAUCAACUUUGCAGGAUCGUAUACAGAUUGCUCUCCAAAAUACGGAUUCACAGCUCCACCAAUUAUGUACGAGUGUGCCUAUCUUCCCGCCACCCAGCCAACAUCGACGAUUCCCAUCCUUCGUCAUCUUUGCCAACUCGAAGCCAAACUAAGAUCGUGGGGGGACAGAGAGGAACGAUUGCCAGGGACGCUGCCCCUCCUCCCAGGCCCCUGUGGGGCCCAGCGCUCUCCUCCAGGAUGGGGUGACGUCCCCCUCGCCCCCUCCUCCAUCUCUUGGGUCCGAGGCCCUUGUUGGAGAAGAGCCCACGGGAGUCAAGCCUGGCGGAGCUUACCUCAAGCGGCUUUAAAAGUGGGGGGCCGGGCGGCCUCCCCGAGAGACAGCGAGCCGCGGCCAGCAUGCCGGUCAUCAACAUCGAGGACCUGACCGAGAAGGACAAGCUCAAGAUGGAGGUGGACCAGCUGAAGAAGGAGGCUGGGAAGGGCUUCGAAGGCCAGCCGGAGGACAGCGUCUUUAGGCCCAGGAGCGGUGGGGAUGGACACGGCCAGGCUCGGCCACUGUGUGCAGGCGGACCAGAGGAGGUGGAGGUCUCAAAAUGCUGUGAAGAAGUGAGGGACUACAUCGAGGAGAGGUCCGGCGAGGACCCCCUUGUGAAGGGAGUCCCGGAGGACAAGAACCCCUUCAAGGAGCUCAAGGGCGGCUGCGUCAUUUCCUGAAAGCCCUGGGCCCCGAGGUGCAUGCCGAGGAGCUAGUGUAAACCCCUUCGUCAUAAGAGCUCAGCAGGAAAGGGUCCAGGAGCAGAAGUCCGAGGCUCGCCACUGCCGUCUCAGCGGGCAGCACCAGCUUGAGAGAAAGUGCAGGACGUUGGUGGCUGCUGCUCCCUCCUCGCCCCUCCUGCUCUCCCCCUAUCGGCUUUUAAUAAAGAUUGGAAGCGGCCCAUUCCAAGGGCUGA